AUGAUGUCCAACGGUACGUUAGACAAUGAAAUGUAUGCAUCGCCAUUUCAACAGCCUCGUUUCAAUAAUUUUCACACCACACCUCCCCGAAUCGGUCCGUCCUAUUAUAAUUCGAGUUAUUCUCAACCAACACUUUUGACGAGAGAAUCUCCACUUGGUGGCAAUGGUACAAGUACGAAUAAUAGUGCUUAUUUAGCGGAAUUACAUUCACAAUCAGUUAAAUAUUCAUCGCAUAACAAUAAUGUCAUUGGUAGCUCAAGACUUGCACAUAUUGGAAAUGGUUUAUAUGGUGGAACAAAUUCGCUGGGACCAGUCUCAAGUCAUGUUGAUGCAGCUGCGACAUCUCCACGCAAUAUAUCACCUGAAACUCUUGAUUUUUACCCCUAUUCACAACUUCAAUUACAAUUAACCGAAGAUGAUUUAUUAGCAUCGAAUACAAAUCUUGAUGAAAAAGAAAGAACAGCACCACCAGAUAGUUCUUUUAUUCGGCAUGUCAGACCUGAUUUUUCCUAUUUCAUGUCGGAUGAACUACGAGCAGAAAUAUUGAGACGAAAUCAAAUGUUAAUAACAUGUGCAAAUCUUGAUGUUGCUGCCGCUAUGCCUGAACGUGUUGGUGAUUAUUACAAUUUAACACCAUUGGAUAGUAGUCAAGCAAAUGUUGCUCAUAAAUCACGAACAUUUCGACAUCAAACACUAAGAUGUAAAUUACCAACAACACGACAAUAUGAAAUAUGCGAAAUAUGGAAAAAGUUAGCUCACGCCAACAUUGUACAACUACGUGAUGUUUUUCUAACAAAAGAUUUUGACGACGAUCAAACAUCGGUUGUGUUUGUGUACGAUUUUAUCCCAUGCUGUGAAACAUUACAAAAACGUCAUUUCAGUUCAUCUAAUAUACUGUCAAAAGGAUGGUCUAAUCCGUAUAAUCUAGAUGGAAAAGAUCGACCAUUUAGUGCUGGCAAAGGAACAACUCAAGCUGGUUUAUUAGCUGAAGCACUUAUUUGGGAAUAUGUUGUGCAAAUAUCAUCGUUAAUCCGCACAAUUCAUUCGGCCAAUCUUAGUUGUCGAUGUUUACAUCUGUCACGUUUACUUGUCGACGGUGAUUCGAAAGCUUCUCGAGCUAAAUCGAGGGUAUGGUUAAGUGGUGUUGGAAUCGCUGAUAUUUUAGAUGUUGGAACAAAUGGACAAACACACUCUCUGCUCGUUCAACAUCAGCAAAGUGACUUACAAGAUUUUGGUCGACUUGUAUUGAUGUUGGCAUGUAAUUCAAUUGUUGGAGCACAAAAAGAACAUCUACAAACAUCACUGGAAAUUGUACAUAGAAAUUAUUCACUCGAUCUGAAAAAUUUAAUUAUCCAUUUUUUAUCGUUAAAUAAUCGACCAAUGAAAAAUAUCAAUGAUGUUAUGCCAAUGAUUGGUGCAAGAUUUUAUGCACAAAUCGAUAGCCUGUAUAUUCGAGGUGACAUUAUUGAAAAUGAAUUAUCCAAAGAGAUUGAUUGUGGUCGUCUAUUUCGACUUAUCUGUAAACUUGAUACACUUCUCGAGCGUCCAGAACAUGCAUUAAAUCAAGCAUGGAGUGAAACGGGUGAUCGUUAUAUUCUCAAAUUAUUUCGUGAUUAUGUAUUUCAUGGAGUUGGUUUCAAUGGUGAACCUAUUUUGGAUUUGGCUCAUAUUGUACAGUGUUUAAAUAAGUUUGACGGUGGUUCACACGAUAAGAUUUGUUUAACAUCACGUGAUGAACAAAACGUCAUGAUUGUUAGCUAUAGUGAAUUACAUCAAGCAUUUGAACGUGCAUUUUCUGAGUUAAUGAAUUAUGGUACAUCAACGUCUUAA